AUGACUGAAAGAUCCGAGAACCAAGGUGCCGUCCAAACGAAUGGAACAUCAGAGAACCAAGCACAGAAAUCGAACUAUAACUCUCGGUCCAACAAAAGUUUCAGGCAAGAGGAAAGGAUAUUGCGAAUGAUGGAGAACUCAGUCGUACGCCUUAAAAAUGGCACCAGAUUCUACCCAUGGCGAAUGAUUCCUGGGCGUGAAAACGAAUGGUACCGAGAGAUUUUUGACGCCAUCGUCUGGAUCCAUAGUCACAAAGAUCAUCCGCAAGUUCAAGUGCGUUAUACUGCAGCGCGUUCGGUCUGGCUGUCUCACAGGGCAAGUGCGUCGGUUCUUCUAUUUCCUUUCAGAGACUUUCGCAAUGGUGGUUCUGGGAUUCGAGGAUUCGGAGUUCAAACAGAUCCUGUGCCAGAUCACACGAAGCUCGGCACGCUGAGGAACUCCACCUCCAGAGCCACUGUUCGACCCUCUUUCUUGGAUCUAGAUGGAUUGAAGCGUAGACCUGGGCGCUUGUCCUUAGUCCGCAACAGCGAGAAUCUCAGGACCGGUAAUGAAGCACAGGAUGAGGAGUACUUUCCUAUAAAGCGACAUCGUAUACAUUCCACACAGAGUUCACAACCGCUUCCAUCACAGUCUUACAGCGGUGCCCGGGCCGCGAUUCCGAGCAGCGCGCCUCCAGAUUUAUUUCCCACGGCGAAUACGACAAUAACGACUGCCAAAUACUCCUCCAUGACUAAACACAGGAUUCGCUCACGCCAGACCCUGCCUGUCGCCAAUCAGUCCGAGUCCCGUACGAUGGGUCCCAAAAGAGCAAGGAAUAAGAGGGAACACUUCACGCCCAAGGGUGACGUCAGGAAGCUGGGAGAGCUGAUCACAGACUUUGCAACCGGUAGCAAGCUUCUAGACCGCAGCAAUACCGAUGCCCGCCGAGCAGUCGCCACCGUCUUCAUCACAUGCAUGAUCAAAGUGCGGGUCGGACAAGAUCAAGCAUAA